UUUAGUAUUAUCGCGGCCAAAAAGAAUGGGUACCGAUUUAAGUAGUAGUAGUAGAAGAAGAUUCGGUACUCUAUGGUAGUGUACAUGUAUAUAACCUUUCCUCUUUUUUGAUUGAAACACAAAUCGUAAAGAAACUGAUGAAGGCCAGCCUCAGAAACACCGAGCUGAGUGGUGGAGCAAUACUUCCGGCGCCGGCGGUGUCAGCGUCAGUCCUAUAAUUUGACUGCGUACGAAUUGGGGAUAUCUCACUUUCCCAAAUUCCUUGGAUUCCAUUAAAAAAAAUAAAAAUUGGAUAAAGAAUCCUUUCUAAUGUUAAUGCAUUCGUCCACACACAGACCGAGAAUUCAGUCCAUUUUCCAGUGAGCCGCGGAAAUUGCUUGUGUAGAAAAAGAGGGCCAUGAUGAGCAGACCGGCGGUGCAUCCGUUGGACUCUUCUUCAACCACCAUUGAAGCCCCGGCGGUGCCGACGGUGAGGAUGAAGGACUUUCAAGGUAUGCCUGGUACCACCGGUGGACUCCUUCUGCGCCUCUGCCAGUUCGGUUUCGCCGUCAUAUCUCUGUGCGUCAUGGCCACUACUUCCGAUUUUCCCUCCGUCACCGCCUUUAGCUACCUUGUUGCUGCUGUUAGCCUGCAAUGUUUGUGGAGCCUGCUGCUUGCAAUUGCUGAUAUUUAUGCUCUAUCGGUGAGAAGAAGCUUCAGGAGUGCUGGAUUAGUCAGUUUAUUUACUAUUGGUGAUGGGAUUACCUCAACACUCACAUUCGCUGCUGCCUGUGCUUCUGCUGGCAUCACAGUCCUUAUCGGUAACGAUCUUGAUAGAUGCAACGUAAAUCAUUGCAAGAGAUUCAUGUCAGCUACAGCUAUGGCUUUCCUUAGUUGGUUUUCAGUGUCUCCAUCAUUUUUCUUGAACUUUUGGUCUCUAGCUUCUCAAUAGAUAUGGAGUGAGAGUGCUGUAUAUUGUGGGAAGGAAAAACCUCUAGCCCCCCAAGUAUAGUUCAGAAUAUGUUGGGUGCUGGGGUUAUCCUUUUCAUUGACCUGCUAACCAUUGUUGAAUUUGCCUGUAUCGGAUUCUGUUUGUGUACUUGAUUAUAGAGAUUCUGAGUGUCGUGCAAUUUACAGAGAUUACAUAAUCAAUAUAUCUACUGAUCCUCAUUUUUG